ACUUUGCAGUAACUAUGAAAAAUUUAUGUGCUUCCUGUGAUUUUGGAUCCAACUUUAAAUAGCGUUUGAAUGCAUCAGAAGAGAAAGAUGAUCGUCGGCCAGUUAGGAAUAACGGGUCGACCGCGUUCUAUGAGGAAGACGAGAACCGUGGCUAAAAGUUGCGUGGGUUUAUGAAAGAAAUCGAAGAAGUAGGAGCCGCAAACGAUCUCAUUUCUCUGAAAAAUCUCAGCCGCGUCGAGAGCAAACGGAAGUUAGAAUCUCAUUCUUUUUUGAUGGAAAUAUGUCGCUCCUCAUAAUUUGGCUCAGUGCUAGCAUUCUUUUACAUUGUUGCGUAUUCGGUGUAUCAGAUGAACACGGAAAUUUGAUGGGCAAUCAUGCAUCAGAUGCAACAAAUACAAUGAACGAGUCAUUAACUCCUUUGCCAAAAAAUGAGAUACGACAGUAUCAAGGAAAUUAUCAUAUUCCUUCAUUGACACCCGGAUACAGACCGCAAAAGUGUCCUUUGUGCGACAGUUCGAUUUAUCCUUAUUGCGGCGAAAAACUGUUGCAUGACGCCUGCUGUUGCACCGAUUCUAACGAUCUACCUUAUCAAUGUAGAUUAGCGGACUGCCGAUUUCUGCAUGCCAAUAGUUGUAGGGAGCACCGAUUGAUCGCCAACUGUUGCUGCAGCGACGAUUAUCGAACUAUCCUGAAAAGUCUCGCACAAGAAUGAUCUAUUUCUACAUUAGUAUAUUUACGUAUAUAUUUAUUACCUGUGGCAGACAUUAUUAUUAAGAGAAUA